CUGCACCUUAAAGGAUUUCGGAAAGUGGCGAGUUGCAGGGAAAUGAUCACCUGUGAAAGACGUUACGGAAUGUGUCCUGCUUCUACGCAGAUGUCUGCAUUUGGCAAAUGUUGACGCUACUCUCUAAAGACAGGCCCUCGCUAGCUUGACUUUUACACCCCGAUCUCAAGUUGAAGAGUGACCCACAAGAUAACCUCACUGCUUUGCCCGAUGGGUCGACUGGACAGCGAAAGCGGGCACAAUACAUACACGAUUGAAGGAUCCGAUACUUGAGCGAUCAGAGAGGCAGGGGGGAGGAGCUCUGUCAACGUGACGCUGGAUGCGUGCGGCAGCUUCAUGGGCCUGAAGGACCGCCUGGAUGAAGAAAUAGGCCGCAUUUUGGACCUGGGGCUGGAUUUCGACUACCUCCAUGUGGAGAGCACCGGGCAGCAGCCUGGCGUGAGCGCCCGCAGGCCCGCCGCCAUGGAGAAGGGUGUGGCGGAGGGGGCGGUGGACGAGGAGGGCGCCCAGAGCAGCAGCAGCUCCUCCUCCGGGGAUGUGGAGGAGUGUGCCGUGUCCGACGGCGAGGCCGAGCGCUCCGAGCCGCCCCCGCCCCGACCCCCCCAGGCCUCCCGGGCGGAGCCACGCCCCCCCGGAGCCGACGCCCUCAGGGAGUACCGGACCAAGAUGGAUUUCGCGCUGAAGCUGGGCUACGGCGAGGAGCUGGUGCGGCUGGUGCUGGGGAAGCUGGGCCCCGACGCUCUCAUCAACGACGUGCUGGGGGAGCUGGUGAAGCUGGGCAGCAAGGCCGAGGCCGAGCAGGGCGCGGGAGCGGGAGCGGGAGCGGGAGCGGCGUCCGCCCCGCCCUCCCUCUCGGCCUCCUCCUGCUCCUCCUCCUCAUCCGCCUCUUUGCCCUCCUGUGUCUUCCCGCCUGCCUCCGACUCGCACAGGCCCGACACGCCGCCCCGUCCGGAGUCGGACAUCAAGGACAACCUGCGGCCCAUCGUCGUGGACGGCAGCAACGUGGCCAUGAGCCACGGGAGCAAGGAGGUCUUCUCCUGCCAAGGGAUCAAGCUGGCAGUGGACUGGUUCCUGGAGCGCGGCCACAAAGACAUAACUGUGUUCGUGCCUGCCUGGAGGAAGGAGCAGUCCCGACCUGACGCGCUCAUUACAGACCAAGAGGUCCUGCGGAAGCUGGAGAAGGAGAAGAUCUUGGUGUUCACCCCGUCGCGCCGCGUUCAGGGCCGCCGGGUGGUCUGCUACGACGACCGCUUCAUUGUCAAGCUCGCCUACGACUCUGACGGCAUCAUCGUGUCCAACGACAACUACAGGGACCUGGCCAACGAGAAGCCGGAGUGGAAGAAGUUCAUCGAUGAGCGGCUGCUCAUGUACUCAUUCGUCAAUGACAAGUUCAUGCCGCCAGAUGACCCCCUCGGGCGCUAUGGUCCCAGCCUGGAGAACUUCCUGCGGAAGAAACCUGUCCUUCCAGAGCACAAGAAGCAGCCCUGUCCUUACGGAAAGAAGUGCACCUACGGGCACAAGUGCAAGUUCUACCACCCCGAGAGAGGGCCCCAGCCCCAGCGCUCUGUGGCGGACGAGCUGCGGGCCAGCGCCAGGAGCAGCGCCGCCAAAAGCGCCGGCGACACGGCGCUGGUGAAGAGCCACAGCCUGCCCUCUGCCCCGCGGCCCGAGGGGGCGUCCGAGGCGGGGUCCGAGGCCAAACGCAGCGCCCCCAAGAGGCAGCCGGGCCCCAGCGUCCGGGCACAGUCCUACAGCAAUGUGGAAGACAGGUUGAGUUCGAGGGCCGAGGUCGAAGCACGCGGGAACAGCGGUCCUGCCUCCUCUUCCCCUCCUCCUCCUCCUCCUCCAGCCAGCUACGGUCACCCUCAGGAGCAGAAGGCGCCCCCUAUAGGUGCGCCCACCAAAAUCCAGAGGACGACACCCUCAGCCGCCACAGAGCGGUACCCGGAGGCAGAGCCGGACCCGGACUCCAGCUAUUACUCGAUGAUGAAGGCGUACUGGGGCCUGGGCGUGUCGGGCCCGCGCUGCGUCAGCUCGGUGGCGUCGGACUGCAGCAGCGAGGGCAGCAUGAGCUGUGGGAGCAGCUCGGACUCGUACGGCGCCGGCCUGGCCGAGCGGCCCUGCGGCAGCCCGCUCGACCCCCUGCUGGAGGACGACCUGCAGUGCCACCGCCACCCCCGCCAUCGCCACUACCCCUGCUCCCCGCCCCUGCCCCCGCGGCACCCCCACGCCCCGCCCCACAGCCGCGUCCCACCCCGGCCCUUUGCGCCAGGCCCGCGGGCGCACGUCUUCCCCACGGACCCGCCCCUGCCCUACCCGCCCCCACACUCUCAGCCCCCCGCCGGCUACCCCGGCGACUACCCCCCUCUCCCCCAGAGCCUCCCACACUCCCAGGGCGCCCCCGCGGGCCGCGCCCCCGACGCCUGCGUGUACGACUCGCCCCCUCCGCGGCCCAGGAAGCCCUUCUCCGGACACGCGCCUCUGGGUAGCUGGGAGGGGUAUGGACACCACUACCACCAGCAACAGCACCAGCACCAGAACACCUUCCACAGCGCUCCCGAGAGCCACCAGCAGGCCUGGCGCCCGCCCUGGGGGCACCCCACCUACCCCUCCGCCUGCCCCGCCCGCGGCCCGGCCCGCGGCCCGGCCCCCCAGCAGCCGGACCCCGCACCCGAGCUCAGCCGCUACCAGGACGUGCGCGAGAAGGUGUUCGUCAACCUGUGCAACAUCUUCCCCCAGGAGCUGGUGCGGCUGGUGAUGGGCCGGAACCCUCACAUGACGGACGCCCAGCAGCUGGCCGCUGCCAUCCUGGCUGAGAAGUCCAAGCUGGAGUACUGA